AUGGGACACCAAGGUGUAGAAGUGAUCCUCAAUGAACUUCGUCAAAGAUUUUGGAUACUACAAGCAAGGAAGGCAAUAAAAAGAGCGAUGAGAUAUUGUCCAAUUUGCAGCCUGAGGAGAGCAAUUUCCAGAGUUACACAAAUGGGACAGUUGCCUGAUUUCAGGUUGAAGAAACCACAACCACAAAGAGCCUUUGUGUACACAGGUAUAGAUUUUUUCGGACAUUUUGAAGUAACUAUUGGUAGGCGAAGGGAAAAAAGGUAUGGUGUACUAUUUACCUGUAUGUCAGUAGGAGCUAUACACAUUGAGAUUGCUGAGACGCUAAACACUGAUUCAAAUCUUCUGGCGAUAAAACGUUUCAUGUCGAGGAGAGGAAAACCGCAGAUGUUUCUUACAGACAAUGGAACGAAUUUUCACGCUGCAGAGAAGGAACUUAAAAAAGCUUAUGAAGAUGUGAAUUUGGAAGUAAUAAGACAAGGUUUAUGCGCUGAAAGUAUAGACUGGAAGUUUAUACCUCCAGGUAGUCCACAUAUGGGAGGAGCAUGGGAGAGGAUGGUUCGAUCUGUGAAAACCACUUUAAGUAUAAUUCUUAAGGAUAGAUCACCACGACAAGAAGUUUUUCACACAGUUAUGAUAGAAGCUGAACACAUAGUGAAUAGCCGCCCUCUCACCUACAUAUCUUCAUCUCCGGAAGACGAAGAAAGCCUUACUCCCAAUCAUUUUCUAAUUGGGAGUUCUAGUAUUUUGAAACCACCUGGACUUUUCGAUGGAACAAAAUGGAACGUGAGAAAACAGUGGCUCAUAGCUGAAAAUUUAAACGAACAUUUUUGGAACAGGUGGGUCAAGGAAUACAUACCUACCUUGACAAAACGCACGAAAUGGUUUGAACAGAAUCAAAAUUUGAAAGAAGGUGAUUUAAUAGUUUUGAUGGAUAGUAAGUUACCAAGAAACAAUUGGCCUAAAGGAGUAGUGUACAAGACGUACCCAGGAAAGGAUGGCAAAGUUAGAGUUGUAGACAUUAAAUUAAAAAGUGGUAUUUAUCGUAGACCAGUAUCCAAGCUAUGUAAGGUAGAGUGUUUAGAGAUGGGUGAAGAAAUAGGUUCUUCACGAGGAGGAGAAAAUGUUGAAGAUUAA